GCGAGAUAAAAACCCGAAACCACCCCUCUCUCUCAUCUUCAAAGAGGCUGCCCUUUAGCUUAGCUUUCAGCGCUAUGCUCCGCCCCGCAAGGAAAUGCUUUUGACAUGAAAUAAAGGGAGUAACGAUGGAGUGUGUGGUACAGGGAAUUAUAGAGACACAGCAUGUAGAGGCCCUUGAGAUUCUUCUUCAAGGUCUUUGUGGUGUUCAUAAAGAACACCUACGGGUCCAUGAAUUAUACCUUAAAAGUGGUCCAAACCUUGGGCAUGUGACUUCAGAGGUUCGCCUGUUGUGUAAUCUUGAGCAUCCUGAACCCUGGACGGUCAAGCAUGUUGGGGGUGCGCUGAGGGGUGCUGGUGCUGAGCAAAUCUCAGUUCUGGUUAGGAAUAUGGUUGAAAGCAAAGCAAGCAAGAAUGUGCUUCGAUUGUUUUAUGCACUUGGCUACAAAUUAGACCAUGAGUUGCUAAGAGUUGGAUCCGCCUUCCAUUUCAAAAGGGGUGCUUGGAUAACUGUCACAGUGUCUUCUAUUAAUAAGAUGCUAAAACUACAUGCCAUUGAUGAUACUGUGCCAGUAACCCUUGGUAUACAGGUGGUAGAAGUAACAGCUCCUGCAACGUCUGAAAAUUAUUCCGAAGUUGCUGCUGCAGUGUCGUCUUUCUGCGAAUAUCUUGCACCGCUUCUGCACUUGUCAAAACCAGGUGUUUCAACAGGGGUUGUUCCGACUGCCGCAGCCGCCGCUGCAUCUCUUAUGUCAGAUGGUGGAGGCACAACCUUGUAGCAAUGUUGUAGAGUUCCAUGACUGUGAGCAAAAGGCUUCUUUUGAACUGACGCAGCACAAACUUUCCACGCUCCAUGUAACAGACUCAUGCCUUUUGGUCCUGGACCCCUUUCUUUUCCUCUGUUGGAAAAUUCUCUUGCAAGGUUGAUGAAAAACUGAAGCAGCUGAGCUACAAUAACACUAGGGGUACUGUAAUUAUUUGUGUUCAUUUGCAGGAUUAUGAGUUAUGAGGUGGUGUUAUUGUAUAUACUAGCUUGUUAUCCGCUUGAUGUUGGGGCAGUUUUUUAAAUC